UUUUGCUUACUGAUGCACAAAACAAAACACAUUUUAUUCAGACUGGCUCAGUGAUGGAGAAAGAUCUAGAAAGUGCCAGAGAGCAGGGAGAGAGAAAGAAACCAAUUGGUUGUCAGUUGCCCCACUGAUAAGACACUUCUGUUUUUAUCUCUUAAAAAACAUGCCCUAUAACAGGGGGUUACACAAAACCAAAACAUGGUGUAGGCAUGGUCUUGUUUACAACAUAAGCCAAGAGUUGAAACCUGAUUUCUGAUCAACGGCUCGGGACCAACAGUCCUUAUUCAGGAGCCCUUGAAGCCGGUUUGACCACUCCUCAGGCUUUCUCUUUGAGGAAGUAUUUUUUUUAAACUACUAACCUACAUACAGGCACUCCAAUAAAAGACAUUCAAGACGGCGUCUUCCCAAAUCACAGCAUCAUGGAGCACAGCUCAAGGCCAGCGGUGAAGCUGAACCUCUUGAAUGGAGCCCUGGUAAAGGCCAGACCAAAACCCCCAGCAAGAGAGCAGUGGGCCAAUAAGCUUGAGUUUCUCCUGGCCGUGGCAGGGCACAUUAUUGGCUUGGGCAACGUGUGGAGGUUUCCUUACUUGUGCUACAAGAAUGGAGGAGGGGCAUUUUUUGUGCCAUAUGUGCUGUUUCUCUUCACCUGUGGCAUCCCACUUUUCUUUUUGGAGACUUCGCUGGGCCAGUUCACCAGUCAGGGUGGAAUCACAUGCUGGAGGAAAAUAUGUCCGCUCUUUGAAGGUCUUGGUUUUGGCAGUCAAGUAGUUGUCCUCUAUACUGGAGUCUAUUACAUUAUUAUACUUGCUUGGGCUUUCCUUUACCUCUUCUCAUCCUUCACUUCAGAACUGCCAUGGGCAAGCUGUAACAACUACUGGAACACACCAAGCUGCAUGGAGUUCAGCGAGAGCAACACUACUGAAUAUUCUCCAAAUAAAACCACAUCUCCUGUUAUAGAGUUUUGGGAGAGAAGGAUUUUGGGUUUGUCUGGGGGAAUUGAACAGAUUGGUAAUGUGAGAUGGGACUUGGCUCUUUGCCUCCUGCUGGCCUGGAUCAUCUGUUAUUUCUGUGUGUGGAAGGGAGUGAAGUCCACAGGCAAGGUGGUGUACUUUACGGCUACCUUCCCUUAUUUAAUGUUGAUAGUAUUGCUGGUUCGAGGACUUACUCUGCCUGGAGCAAUAAAUGGCAUCGCCUUCUACCUCUACCCUGAUCCAUCACGUCUCAAAGACCCACAGGUGUGGAUGGAUGCAGGAAGCCAGAUAUUUUACUCCUAUGGAGUUUGUACAGGAGUACUGACUGCACUGGGAAGCUACAACAAAUAUGACAACAACUGCUACAGGGACUGUGUAUACCUGUGUCUGCUCAACAGCUUAACUAGCUUUGUGGCUGGUUUUGCUAUAUUUUCAGUCCUUGGCUUUAUGGCAGAUGAACAGGGGGUGGAUAUUUCAUUGGUGGCUGAGUCAGGUCCUGGUUUGGCAUUUAUCGCUUACCCCCGUGCUGUAGCUCUAAUGCCCUUGCCUCAAUUAUGGGCGAUUUUCUUCUUUAUCAUGAUCAUAUUUCUGGGACUGGAUAGUGAGUUUGUGUAUCACGAAGCCCUGGUUACAUCCAUCUCAGAUAUGUAUCCCUCAUUCUUCCAAGUUGGACAUCGGCGUAAAUUUCUUCUCCUCUUCAUUUGUUCUGUCAGCUUUUUUGUUGGUCUGCUGAUGGUAACAGAGGGUGGUCUGUAUGUCUUCCAGCUUUUCGACUAUUAUGCCUGUAGUGGAAUGACUCUUCUCACUUUCGCCAUCCUUCAGUCCAUCUGUGUUGGAUGGGUUUAUGGAGCGGACCGUCACUAUGAUUGCAUUGAGGAUAUGAUUGGAUAUCGGCCAUGGCCCUUUAUGAAGUGCUGCUGGAAAUAUCUAACACCAGCUAUAUGUACAGGAACUUUUAUCUUCUCCUUGGUUAAAUACACCCCUCUGAAGUUCAACAAUGAGUAUGAGUACCCCUGGUGGGGUUACGCCAUCGGUGGCUUCUUCACCCUUUCCUCCACCCUGUUAGUUCCACUGUGGAUGAUUUAUUUGGUCGGCACCACUCCAGGGUCUAUGAGACAGAGAGUGAGAGCAUUGUGCACCCCAGCUGAAGAUCUUCCAGAUCCAAAACGUCCAAAACAGAAGCUAAACGCCGCUACUUUUGAGACAUUCACAGACCUGUUGACUUUACGAACUGUACACAUACAGAACUCUUUACCUCACAGAGACGAUGUCUGACUGCCCACCGCUUAAGUUUUCUUGUUUUUGACCUCAUGUUCUGUGACAAACAUUUUUUUUUUUGACAUAUUGUCAUGUAAUUUUCAUCAUAACGUAUCAUAUGAUGGUUAAGGUACAGUAAUGUUUAUCCAAAGAACAGUUUAUCGUACAGUUAGCUAAGAAAGUAAUUAUGUGUGAGCUGACAAGAAAAGGCUUUUUUAAAAUGUAUAAUUGUAAUAAAUGUACUGAAGCUUUACUUACAAAAAUCUCUUUAAGGAGUGGAGUGUGUUUGUCUAAUGUUUAAAUAUGUAUAAAAUAUGAAGUUUACAAUGAGGUUGGGAUUAAAUAUAUGUAUUAUAUAUCUAUUGUUGUUUGUUUUGCCGUAUUUGCCAAGGUGAAAUGUAAUAAGUGUUGUGUAGUACUUUUAUUCAGUUAUUUUCCUAUGGUUGGUUAAGUAUUCAAAGUAAAGAAAAAAAAAAACUGAUACGCUUUUUGCAGGAUCGCCAUCUGCUGGGUAUAUAAUGACAUUUCAGCAAUAACACUGACUCUUCCAGAAACUAAUAAUGUAGGGGAAAUUAUUAUAGAUUACAUAUAAAAAAUCUAAAUAACUGACUGGACAGCUAGGAACCUUUACAUACCCGAGCAUAGACUCCAUAGAAUGCAAAAAAAGUAUUUGUUUGUUGAUGGAUUGGAAUUUUUCUUCUCCCUAAAAUAAGCAGUUAACAGCACUUAAACAAUAUUUUGCUAUAUUAAUAAAGAAACUAAAAAGUAAAGGAAAAACGUCUGGAGGUAAAUAAAUGCACCGUCUGCUGGAUGUUUAAUAUUUUUUUCUGCGCUCAUGCCAGUGUAUUUCUGUUCUUUCACCAUGCAGGGUUUUGUUUAAUAGCUCCAUCUACUGGACAAGUUUAGAUCCACCUUAUGCACCAGUCUGGUUAAUGGAUGAUACGGUCACUCAAUCCAAAGCACAUUUAAAAAAGCAAAAUAUGCAUCAUAUUUAUUGAAAGUGGCACUACUGAUUUUUAUGAUCAUUU